UUGCAUUACAAAACGAGCGCUAAGCGGCGGGACGGGUUAGUAGAGGGGGGACGGUGCGGUAAGUAUGAAGUGAGGGAAGUUGGCGACUCGUUGUCGGCGGGCUGCGGGCGAGCGUUUGCUACUGUGCCGCUGUCGAGCCAGUAUGGGGAAACUGCGGAACUCGUUUUGGUGCACGUGUGCGUCGCGGCCCGCUACGUUUUGAUUGAUAAGGAUGACAAGGCAGUGUGCGUGUGCCGCGGCCCUUCCCGGGAUCUCUCGCCCCCGCGUUUGGCGCACCCAAAUGACACUUAA